AUGGCUGCGGUGGCGAAUGGUGGAUCGACCACUGCCGUUGCGAAAGGCUCCUCUGAAGGACCAAGCACUGUCAUCAUAGGCGCUGGCAUUAUCGGCAGUGCGACAGCGUACUAUCUCGCCGGUUCGGGAAACACGAGACCAGAAUCUAUCCACCUGGUGGAAGCGUCGCCGGAGCUUUUUGCUAGUGCAUCCGGCAAGGCUGGCGGGUUCUGCGUUUCGGAUUGGUUUGAGACUGCAACUGCUUCCCUGGGUUCGCUGUCGUUCCGAUUGCACAAGGAGUUGGCGGAUCGACAUGAUGGCUUCACGAACUGGGGUUACAGCCGGAGCACAGCGACGAGUUUCGUAGAGGGUCGACAAUUGCACACCACUAGUGAUGACUGGUUGGCGGAAGGAGGCAGUCGAGCGCAGCAAGCGGGCGAACAUUUCAUCAGCGAUGCCGAUGGUGCGCCUGCAUGGCUGACGAGGGGCCGAGGCAGCCGGAGUGAGAUAAUUGGUGAUGAGGGAGGAGUGGCGCAGGUAUUAUCUCAAUCGCUUCUCCGCCUGAGCACUUCCGCCGGCGUCAAACUCCAUCACCCAGCAAAACCUACAAAAAUAGACACCGACGAAGCCGGCAACAUCACCAGCGUCCAGAUCCAAACCCCCGACGGAGCAACCCAAUCCAUCCCCUGCACCCGCCUCCUCAUCACAGCCGGCGCAUGGACGCCCUCCGUCUUCACAACCCUCUUCCCCUCCUCCAAACUCCGCCUCGGCAUCCAGCCCUUAGCAGGCUACAGCCUAGUCGUCAAAAGCCCCCGCUGGACGCGCGAGCUGGAAUCCAAGGGCUGCCACGCCAUCUUCACCAGCAUGCAAGGCGGCAUCAGCCCCGAGAUUUUCAGCCGCGUGGGCGAGGAGAUCUACGUGGCGGGGUUGAACGAUGCGCAACUUCCGCUGCCGGAGCUGGCUACGGAUGCGAAGGUCGAUGCGGCGAGCAUUGCUGAGCUGCGACGGAUUUCGGAGAAGUUUUGA